AUGGCUGAGCUUGACGAUAAGACCAAGAGUCCGCCGACCUACCAAGCUACACUUCCCCACGAUGUCGACGAUACUUCCUCCCUUGGCAAGGGCGAUAUGCUCGGACAAGAGCAUCUCGAUCCGGUGCUAAAUGCGAAGAUGCACCUGGUGAACAACGCGAUCGAUGAGAUUGGCAUGACGCGGUAUCAAUGUACGAACAACACCCCCUGUGGCAUGGUUCUCGAGUCGUGCCUUUUCUGAGUACUGGGUGGGUUGUCCUAAUAUAUAUGAAGGGAAACUUUUCGUGCUCAAUGGCUUCGGUUAUGCGGUGGACAGCUUGAUGCUACUCAUCCAAAGUAUCACUGCAGGGCAAGCUGCCUACGAGUUCAACCCGUCUUACAAGAAUGGUCUGACUAUCGCUGCAUAUGUCGGCAUGCUGGUGGGCGCACUCUUCUGGGGUGUGUCUGCCGAUAUCAUCGGACGCAAAUUCGCAUUCAACGUGUCUCUACUCAUCUCGGCAGUCUUCUGUAUUGUUGCCGGGGCUGCUCCGAACUGGAUCGUCCUGGGUCUUUUCGUCUGCCUGUCUGCCUUUGGGAGUGGUGGAAACUUGGUUCUGGACACUGCAGUCUUCCUGGAGUAUCUGCCUUCAAAAGACCAAUGGCUGCUAACUCUAAUGGCGGCAUGGUGGGGCGUAGGCCAAUUGAUUGCCGGGCUUUUCGCCUGGGCAUACUUGCCAAACUACUCUUGCGAUGGAUAUCCUUCCGAGACUGGCGUUCCUUGCAAUUGGCAAACCAACCCAGGAUGGCGCUACGUGUGGUUUUCCAAUGGCUCGCUCGUGUUAGUCAUGAGUCUGCUGCGAAUCACGGUGAUCAAGCUUCGAGAAACCCCCAAGUUCCUGCUCGGAGAAGGAAGAGACGAGGAAUGUGUCGAUACGCUGCAGUACAUUGCCAAGAAAUACAACAGACCCUGCAGUCUUACCAUUGAACGCUUGCAAGCCUGCGGCGUUACCGGAGCCGCUACUGGACAACGCAGAGGCUCUUCCGGCGCGCAUGCCGAGAGGCGUUUCUCGUUCAAGGAAGUUGGAGUACAUCUCAAAGGUCUUUUCGCAAGUAGGAAGAUGGGCCUGAGCACCUCGCUCAUCUGGUUCUCCUGGCUUCUGAUUGGUCUCGCAUAUCCUCUGUUCAACGUAUUCUUGCCAACAUACCUGGAAACUCGUGGUGCAGCACUUGGUGGGCUCAGCGAUAACGAGAAAUGGCGGAACUAUGCGAUUGCCAACUUCUGCGGUAUCCCAAGUCCUAUCCUGGCAGGGUACAUGUGUCGGUACAAGAUCUUCUGGGGCAGAAGAGGAACGAUGGUAAGCCAAAAUCGAUACCCUCUCCAGCAAUCUCUUCUCUAACCACCAUUCCAGAUCAUCGGCGCACUCGUAACCAUGGUGUUCUUCUUCGCAUACACGCAAGUCAGAAACAACGCACAGAACCUGGGCUUCACAGCUGCUAUCAACUUCUGUCUCAAUAUCUAUUACGGGACUCUCUAUGCCUACACUCCCGAGGUGCUCCCUUCGGCGCAUCGUGGCACUGGCAACGGCAUUUCGAUCGGCUUGAACCGCAUCAUGGGUAUCAUGAGUGCGGUGAUUGCAACGUAAGUGUCGAUGGACCCGGCCCGUUCGUAUUGUAGCUGACAUUCGGCUCCAGAUGUGCGAAUACUGCGACUGCUGUGCCGAUCUAUAUUUGCGCUUCUCUGUACAUUGUGAUGGCUCUCACGGCCGCAGCUUUCCCUUUCGAGCCCAUGGGCAAUCGCAGCUCUUAG